UUAGUUCUAUGCUUAAAAGUAGAGUUUUUCUUCCGGUGYUGAUUAUARAAUCCCCGGCCAGGGGUGUGAGGGGGRUUUAUUUUCUCUGUAAGAGCGCUCCUGGACCCGGAUAUCGUUGUCAAAACAACUUGCAAAUCCAAGGAAGAUGUAGGCAAAAUGGAUUCCCAUCAUGAACUUCUUGAUCGCAUAAGAAAGCACAGCACUCAUUCUAGAGAAAGUGGAAAAGGACCACUAAAGGCUACAGAUGCGGCAAUUGUWAAUCAGCGAAGGUUUAGCGAAGUUGUAACAAGACAGACUCCAUUGCAUGGAAGUAGACGAGCUUCAUCUGGAUGUAUCACAAGAGAUAGACCAUCAUCUCAUUUAUCAUCACCAGAACCAGAUCGCCAGUCACCCAGACCAAUGUCCAGUCAGUCAGUAGACAAUGCUGGCUUGGCUAUGCGCAGAGCAAUUAUGCUACAGCGACAAAAUGCAACAACAGAAGAGYCUGAUGCUCAAUUUUAUGAACAUUUUCCUCAUACACCUCCAAGGCCACCUUCACAGCCAAGACCUAAAUCUGCUAAAGGUAGACCAAGGUCUGGUUCACGCCCUCGUUCUAGUUCUGGCCAUGGUCAUCACACACCAGAGUCACCAUCUCCAACCUUGUCUCAAUCUUCUAUGUCAUUUUCAAAAUAUAAACCUUUGCCAUCAAUUAGUUCUUCUAGAUUGUCAACAACAUCAUCAUGUAGCUCAAGCAGUACUAACGAUAUAAAUAUGCCUCAAUAUGAAAGUAAUGACUUAACUCAUAAAAUGAUGAACAUGUCAUUGAGAAGAAAGAAAAACCCACCACUAGAGCCAACGGAAACUGAGCCACAAAGGAUCCAACUUGCUAUCAAAAUGCUUGAUGGAUCUCGACAUGAGCGAUGGUUUAAGUUAUCUAACACAAUAGAGGAUAUCCUUUGUUUUGCAGAGUCUGUAUCAAAUGAAGUACUGCCUGAUAACUGUGAAAUAUGUACAAAUGAACUGCCAAAGAGAGUAUUUAGUGAUUUGUCACUUACACUAGAGGAUAUAGGUUUAGAAUCAAGAACUGUACUAUAUAUUCAAGAGAGAUGACAGCAUAUAUUUGAUUUUGCACAUAAUAAGGAUAUAUCAUGGUAAAUUUAAGGUGCUGCAUUACAGUAAAUGUCCAGUCAUCCAGUUAUAUUUAAAAGUUACAAUUAGCAGUGUGACGAUGUGGUGAACAAGUUAAAGUUCAGUGAUGAUAUAAAAAUCAAAGAUCACCCAUAAUUUUAUGGGUUUUAAUCAUAUUUGCUUUUAAAUUUCUGCUUAAUCUUUUAUGAUGAAAGAACUGUAUUUUUAUACCAUAGUUGCAUGGUCAAAAUCAAAUUUUAAGCAAUAAAGCCCUGGAUUUAAUGUAUUUAUUUAAAUCAAAACUAGCUUAUCUUAUAUGUGGCUUUCAAAGCAUUUAACAUUUUUUACAUUAGUGCUAUAUAGUGGCCAAACGUGUAAAGAUUGCAAGAAUGCUUACUGAUGAAUACAAUGCAGAAAUAAAACAGUUGAAAGCAUA